GAACCGUUGUCACCUUCCUCAUCUAAGACAAGUUGCGCUCGAGCCAAUCGAACGACGUCCGUUGCUGUAUUGCCUGCGAUUCAUUACGCACGUUCGAUGCUGUUCCGUGGACAGUGCGGUGGAGAAGUUGGAAACUGAAGGCAUAAGUCGCUCACAACUCUAUGCCAACCAGAUCAUCUAAGAGGAGUGAGCUCGUAACAUAUGAUACUCAUCAGUUAUUUUUUGGAGCAGGUCAAGUGGAGGAAGCACCUACCAAAUGAGCUCCUAGUUAAAUUAGUUCCCUGCGAUGAAACAUCAAGAUAUGGGCCUUGGCAAUUCAAGCUCCAUGACUCAGCAUCAAUCUCCCGCAGUUAUCGUGCUUUGCCUACAUAUGCGAUUCAAGGAAGACUUCGAUUGCGACUCAUCACUUCAACGCGCAGCCGGAUAUAUCCACAGUCAACUGAACCAAGUCUGCGGCCGAUCAAGUGGCGAUACUCACGAUGUCCGCUGGGACAGCAUUGCGGCAUCUGCAAUACGCAGAGUUUCUCAUCUUACUUUGUCAAAUUUGCCUCCCCUGCGAAGCGGAUCGCCAACGAAUUCGAACCCUAUAUUUCGACGGUGGUAAAUCGAAAGCCGAAAUUCACACUACUACAACGUUUUCUCUUAAUCAUAUUCAGACAGCUAUGAAGGUCCCUUCAAGCCAGGUAGCGAAGAGUUGGCGCGUGCCUAGGUGGGGCACGGUACAAACACGCAAUAGAAAACUUACCCAUGAUACCAUAGUGUGCGACGUUGACGAUGGCGGAUACGGACUGCCCUAUUCGGCACUCCAUGCCGC